AAAGUUGCAGUAGUAGAAGCAACCAGCGUUCCGGCGUCCACCGGACCACCGUGUGCUGGGUGCACCGUGCUGACCAAUCAGGUGAGGUUGCGCGGGCCGCGGCCGGAGCCCGGAGGGGCACGUCGGCAGCGCGCGCCCCCGGCGUCCCCACCGCCUUCACUCCGGAUCGAUGCGCUGGUUGGUGGGCGCCGUGCGGGCAAAGUCGCGGCGGGAGGACUCGGAUUCCAAGCUCCCUCCACCAACCCAAGGCACGGAUAGGUGGCAGGCAGGCGCCGUGUCCUUUUCUUCUUGGCGCGCGCGGCCCCCGGCCUUUUCGGGUCGAGGCGGCAAGCGUCAAACCCUGUGACGAAGCCAAAUCCACCAUGCGGGCAUAAAGAAAAUGCCUUCUCCCUUCCCCAGGCCGUGGGCCGGAUCGUGGUACUCCGCUGCUUGCCGCCGCUGGCUGAUGAGCCGAUGAGGCGCGUGUCCUCCGGUCGCUAGCCUUGCCGGCCGUCUAGCGCGGAGGAGCCCGUCCCGUCCGUACCGACCCGGCACGCGGCGGCUUCGGGCGAAUCCGGCGGGCACGCGAUGCGCCAGCGGUGGGGCGGCUGCUUCUCGGGCGGCGACGUCCGCGUGGGCGGGCGCCCGCUCGAGGAGCCGGAGCCGGAGGUCUUCGCCUUCGCCGAACCCCUCCCGGCGUGGGCCCCAGGUGGGGGAUUCGCGCGGGGGAGGAUGUGCAUCGGCGGAGGGGAGCUGGAGCUCGCCGCGGCCACGUCGUUCCAGAAGAUCUGCACACUGUCGUCGACGGGGCGGGGCGGCAGCAGCACCACCUUCUACCGGCCGGUCGGCGUCCCGGAGGGGUUCUGCCUCCUCGGGCACUACUGCCAGCCCAAUUGCCGCCCGCUCCACGGCCACCUCCUCGUCGCGAGGUUGGGCGCGCGCCCGACCGGCGCCCCGCUCAAGCCGCCGCCGCUCUGCGCGCCGCGGGACUACACGCUCGUCUGGGAGUUCCGCGCUGGUGGUGGCAGUGGCAGCCGUGGCGAUGCCGGCUCCUGCUACGGCCUCUGCGACGCCUACUUCUGGGUCCCCGUGCCGCCGGUGGGGUACAAGGCGCUCGGGUGCCUCGUGACGACCGAGCCACAGAAGCCGCCGUUCGACGAGGUGACCUGCGUCCGCGCCGACCUCACGGACGAGUGCGAGCCGCACGGCUCGCUGCUCCACCUGCAGCUCGCGCGGCCGCCGUCGUCCUCGGAGUCCUGCGCGCCGGCCUUCGCCGUGCGCGGCGUGAGGCCGGUGCACCGGGGGAUGUGGGGCAAGGGAGUGGGCGCGGGCACCUUCUGCUGCGCCGCGGACGGCGCCGCCCCGCGGGAGCAGGGCAUGGCGUGCCUGAGCAACGUCGAGCUCGACCUGUCGGCGAUGCCGACGCUGGAGCAGGCGCACGCCGUGAUCCGGCACUACGGCCCCACGCUCUUCUUCCACCCCAAGGAGGUGUACCUGCCGUCGUCCGUCUCCUGGUUCUUCAAGAACGGCGCCGCGCUGUACAAGCGGGGCGGGGACGGCGCGGGCGAGGAGGUCGACGGCGAGGGGUCCAACCUCCCGGGCGGCGGGUGCAACGACGGGGAGUACUGGAUCGACGUUCCCAGCGGCGAGCGGGGCCGCGCCUUGUGCCGCGGCAACAUCGACAGCGCGGAGCUCUACGCACACGUGAAGCCGGCCAUGGGCGGCGCGUGCACGGACGUGGCCAUGUGGGUGUUCUGCCCGUUCAACGGCCCGGCGCGGCUCAAGCUCGGCCCGAUCAGCCUCCCGCUGGGCAAGACCGGGCGGCACGUCGGGGACUGGGAGCACUUCACGCUCCGCGUCAGCAACCUCACCGGCGAGCUCAUGGGCGUGUACUACUCGCAGCACAGCGGCGGGCACUGGGUGGACGCGUCGGCGCUGGAGUACACCGACGGCAACCGGCCCGUGGUGUACUCAUCCAGGAACGGGCACGCGAGCUACGCGUACCCCGGCGUGUACCUGCAGGGCUCGGCGGCGCUCGGGAUCGGCAUCCGCAACGACGCCGCGCGGAGCUGGCUGUUCGUGGACUCCAGCGCCAAGUACCGCAUCGUGGCGGCGGAGUACCUGGGCGAGGGCGCCGUCGCCGAGCCGCAGUGGCUGCAGUUCAUGCGGGAGUGGGGCCCGACGGUGGUGUACAAGUCGAGGAAGCGGAUGGAGUGGAUAGUCGGGCGGCUGCCACUCCGGAUCAGGUGCCGAGCGGAGAACAUGCUGAACAAGAUGCCCAACGAGCUGUCCAGGGAGGAAGGGCCGACCGGCCCCAAGGAGAAGAACAACUGGGAGGGGGACGAGAGGUGGUAGGAACGGAAAAGGGCUUCGAUUUAUUGGCGUGCUUUGUUGUACAACUGAGAUGAUUGUGCUAGAACUAGCGACUCAGAUUGUUUGCAACAAAAUUGUUGAGUGCUCGAAA